AUGGUGUAUACCAGUAUCCUCUCCAUGUCGGUCUUUACUUUCGUCUUCCGCGCCCUGCCUUUCCCAUUUGCCUGGAGACGCAGGUCUUCAACAAGUAGCAAAGGCAAAGAAAAAGAAUCAAACCUAGACCCUGACUCGGUAUGGGAUCUCGAUCUUCAUUUUUCCGAGAAACCACUCGCCACCCUGCCCUCGGAACCCAAAUUACCACUCACAUCCCUGCACCGUGACGUCUCCCACACCCUGCAUAUAGCGGUGAAGCAAAGUCCAGACCAAACAAACCCCCACAACCUUGAAUCAGAACUCGGCUUCUCAUUCGAAUACCCGGAAACAAACUCAGGUUCGGUUUCUCCCCGCUCUCGGGUGAAGUCUCGAGCGGAAUCCCGUCCCUCCGUGCUGGCUCGCGAGGUCAGCUGGGCGAAUAUAGUUCGCAGUCGAUCCCGCUGGACAAAUGAACAAGAAAAAGAACUUCUUCGAGCAGAGAAGCAAUUGGCCCGGUGUCAAAAAGCUUGGAGUUCGGAACAGGAGCUUUGGAUCUCAUAUGUUCAAGACCUAAGCGAGGAAAAAGAGGCUCAUGAGAGCUUCAUGUCCAUGAGAAUGAGACAACAAGAGGAUGAGCGGAGCCAGUUCCGCAAGGCAUGGAAACGACGUCGAUCCCUGGAGGAAUCGCUCGCACUGAAGGAAAAACAACUCACUCUUACCGUAAAG